AUGAACUGGUUCAAAUUCACUGCAUGUGCCGGAACGGAUCUUUUUACAUGUCCUGGCGGAAUGUUAAAGGCUCAAUUCAAUCAAAUGACAAAAGCAAAUUGUCUUAAUUGUGACAAAUUCUUCCAUUGUCAAAGAAAUUAUGAUGCUGUCUAUCGUUGUGGAAAUUCUGCUAAGAAUCAACGUAUUGCAGAAAAAAUCAGCAACUGUCGUGAACAAGCUCAAGAUGAUGGUUCGGAAGAUAGUCAAGCAGAUCAGCAAGCAAAUAAAUUUGGACGAGAUGGAGGAAACUGUAGAGCACAAUAUACAUGCAAAGUUAAAUGUAAAUACAAUCCUCAAAAUAAAACUUGUCGAAAAUCAAAUUGUCCAUAG